UUGGUUGGCUCGGGGUCACAUGACCGGAAGCCCGUAAUGACGCGGUCGAGUGUGAGUCGUUUCAAAAUGUAAACACACCUCGCUGAGCUUUUCUUCUGCUUUAUUCUCCAGCCGAUGGACACAUGAAGUCAUACUCGAUUUGAAAUGGCAGGAGAGGGACUAAUGCAGCAGAGCCGUGAGCCACGAGGCGGAAAGCUAAAGAGCUAAUUCAUUAAAACCUUGGUAGGGUUGUGCUUCUGUCUCAGAAGGACACCUCAAACCCUCCAUGUUCCAACCUAUACCAUCUAUAUUUUCAGGCUGGUCGUGACAGCAGUGCCAUUGACCUUUCAAUGGGAGCAAAACCUCACCAUCAUGGACGACUCUGACCAGGAUUUUGUAGAUCUCUGUUCCAAGGUGCUGAAACGUGUACGCAAGAAACCAGGUGAGGCCAAGCCACCACGGGGAGCAGAGCAUCAGUCAGCCUCCAGCCAGGCAAGCGAGAGUGACAAGAGGAAGAGAAAAAACAAAAAGGAUGGUGACUCUCGGUCAAAAGUCACGGGGACCCAGUCUGUCUGCACUGGAACUGGCUGUGAUUCAGGAGAUGCUGGGUCUUUGGAUUUCCCUUCAGGAGCUAGAGCUGAGAGAGUCCUGACAGCGAAAGACAAAGUGCUUCUCAGGAUGCAACAGUUCACGAGAACCAGUCCUCAGAGGAUGGUGCACAGGGACGCGAGCCAGCCAACAAACCACGAGAACAGCCACACUCCGAAUCCACAGGCACAAGGACAAGAUCCUCCAGAACCCUGCACUUCUGGUCUCCACCCAGACAGUGACGAGGCGAUAGCCCUGCGGCUGCAGCAGGAGCUGGACAAGGAGGCAGCAGAGGCCGAGGUGUUGGACCUGGAGGAUGGAGGCCUCUUCUUCUGCCAGAUCUGCCACAGAGACUUGUCACACAUGACCCCAGAGGGGCGAACGCAACAUACCAACAGGUGUUUAGAUGACAGUGAAGAGAGCACCCCGCACCCUCCUCCUCCUCCUGCUGUCCCUGAAUGUCCAAUCUGUGGUAAGAAGUUCAACUCCCAGAAGAGUCGCUCGGCCCAUCUGAAGCGCUGCUCCUCAGACAUGGGGGUAGCUCCUGCUGUUUUGCUGCAGGCUCUGCAUAGACAGGCUGAGGAGACCCAGAACGUCCCAACUGUCAUCCCAGCACGCACACAGCCUGGAGGCACUAAAAGGAAAGGCCAUUCCAAGUCGGGAGUCCCAGCGAGGAAGAAACCCAGGAAGAAGACCGAUCCCCUGGAUGAAGACACCAUGGUGGCUCUGGCUCUGUCCUCCUCCCUGCUGGAACAGGAGAGAGGGGCACAGAGAGAGUUAAAAACAGAGUUCUCUGCCUCUCUCAUGCCUCCAGUGCUGAAAUGGCAACCAGACACAGGUAAAGGGCGCAGAAAGAAGAAAAAAGGAGCCGUCCCUCGUCCUCCCCCGCUCCUCCUCGUUCAGGAUGCUCAGGCGGCCCUGGUGAAGCUGCAGGAGCGUGUUUCUGCUCUCCUCCUACACAGCCGCCCCCCCUCUCCCCCCACCCCGACCCGCUGCCCCAGCAGCCUGUGUGGCUGGAGCAGUGCUGCACCUCUCUGGCAGAAAAGCACACUGCUGAGCAGCAGCUUCACCUGUCAGUCUGAUUUCUACACCCCAGAGCUCAGAGAGUUCAUUUCACCUUGGGAAACCCCAAAGACUGCUGCAGCCCCUUUGAGCGCAGGAAACAAGUCGGAGUCUUCUCUCCGACCUCUGACUGAAGGAACUCCUGUGGCAGGGACCAGGACCUCCACCCUGCCUUCAUCCUCCCAGACUGCAGCCUCCUCCUCUGCUCACUCCACCCCGGGCACAGGGCAGCUCCCGGUGGGCAGCCAGACCCUUAGGGACCUGAUGGAGCUGGCUGAAGAUGGCAUGACCCUCACACAGUGUGAAUACAUGACCUCGGGCACUGACAAAAAUGAGCAGAACAGAGCCAGGCUGUCCACAAACCUUCGUCUCAGCGGUUUUGUCCUCGAGGAGGCAGAGGAGCAGGCUGACCUAUGUGUGAGCGGCUUCCUGCCAGAGACGGCACACACACGCUCGGAGAACACACACAGACGAGCACAGAGGACAAGUGACCAUCCACGUGGAGAUGAAGAGCGAGGCCACCAAUCGGUGGCACUAUCGAGACUGACGUCAGACCUGAGCAGCAUGGUGAACAACCCUCAGCUCAGUGAUGUGCAGAUCCAGGUCGACAGUGGAGACAUCUACUUUGCCCAUUCCUUCAUGGUGUACGCUCGCUGCCCCCUGCUGGCAGAAAUGGUACAUGAAAGUGGUUUUGGGGUGCAGGAGGAGGGUUCGUCUGCAGCCCAGAGGGUGUUGAUGAACGACGUCCCGGGACAGGCCGUGUUCGCUCUGCUGCAGUACCUUUACACGGCCCACUGCUCCAUCCCAGCCUCACUGCGACCUCACAUACUAGAGCUGGCAUCAAGGUUUGACUUGCAGGAGCUGCACCAUCUUUGUGAGUCACCGACACCUGGACAGGAGGCAGACUACACGAACCAGAGCGAGAACAACGACCAAACAGACCAGGCCUUCAUGGUGCUGCUCCGCUCUAUGUGGAAUGAAGAGGAUGAGGAAGAUGAGGGAUUGGAUACUGAUGUUGGAGAUGAUGAGGAGAGAAGGUUGGAAGAAGAUCAUCAAACCGAUGAUGUCGCAUCUGGUGAGCGAGGAAUCUGUGAGGACCAGGUGAACGAGGAAGAGCUGGAGGAGAUCUACGAGUUUGCAGCAACACAGAGAAAGAGGGAGGAGGAGGAAAACAAAGAAGAGGAUGAUGAAGAGGAGGAAAAGGUCGAUGAUGGAGAGGAAGCACUGACAGAAGUGAAGAGAGAGUUGAGUAAGAAAACUACAAAGCCAAACUCUCAACUUGAGCCAGACCCCAGCCUGGAUCCCACCUACAGCCGCCUCUUCUCAGACACUUGGGGAGUCUACGAGGACGAAGACCCCUCUUCCACAUCCCCUUCAACCUCCAGUCUACUAAAGACAACCACCUCGCAAUAUCAGCAACACCAGUCCUCUCACAAACCCUCAUGCGAACUCUCCGGCAUAACUUUGCUCCAGUCCUCACCAAGCGGAUUUGAUGACUUUUCCCAGAGCCCUCAACCUACGACGUCCAACCUCCCUGUCACAGGUCUGUCCCCGGGUCAGGCGGGUGACUCAGGAACAGAUGCUGUUGAACUGGACGUUUCUAAAGAAUGUCUUUCUUUGAAGCGAGAAAGCCAAGGUUCUCGUAGUAUUUGUGUUCCUGUUUCUCCUGAUCCACCUCCGAAGAAGAAGGAGCCAGAGCUCAUAGUUUUGUCCGACUCAAGCGAGGAGAUGGAGGUAGAUGUUGCUGUUCUUAGACCCUGCAGUCCUUUGUCACAUUCUCCUUGCAUUGUCCGAAACCUGCAGAGUUACACGCAAAUCAAGCCUCAGUCAAUCCCAAAACCUAUUCAACCGCUCAUGGAGAAUAAAGUGUCCCACAGUUUAAAGUUAAAUGCAGGUGAUCCAUCUGCAGCCUCGGAUAUAUGUCAUCCAGGUUCUGGUUGUGAUCCGAGUCCAGACUGUUCCCCUGAGGUCUCCUGGCUGAUCCCGUCCACACCGGUGCAGCAUGAAAGAUGCGGCAGGACCAGCUCCUCCAGGUCCAGCUCCACCCAGAGCAAAAGCAGCAUAUGCAGGACGCAGCUGUUCCCUAAAGGCGAUUCGUCUUCUUCACGCUCUUCUCUCUUCUCUUCCCCUGCCCUACCACUUCACAACAGACUUCACAACUCAAGCAGAGUUUCUGCCCACGUUGGCCCAACAGAGGGCAGCGUUCCCAGGUUGAAACUGAAAGAGACAGCUCCCUGUAGCUCCAGCUUGGAUCUCACAUUUUCCCCUCAAAGAACCAGUAGUGAUGACGGAAAUAAGAACAGAGAAGUGUCUGCAGUUCUCCCGCACAAAAUUAAGUCUGCACUCCUCUCAAGCUCAUCUCACCGUCAUCCCUUCCAAUCUUCCUCAAAGCAGGAAACACUCCAACACGUCCAACGGCAGCCCUACAGCAGCACCCCCCUGCACACAGAGCUCCAGCAGCCCCCUGUUCUUCUUGCUGCCUCCCCGCUCAACAGCAGCCUCGACAAGCAGCGGUCAACAAGUCAAGGGAGCAAUAGGGCGUCAUCUGAGAGCCCAGAGAAGACAGAAUUAGGGAGCUUUCAUCUCUCCCCAUUGUCCUCCCCCUCUUCAUCUCACAGAGGUCUUCAUAAUUCACAGAAACACAAGUCCUCCAGUGAGAGCCAACGUUCUGUUGAGUCCAGCAGUCAUGAGAGCACAGGGGCUGAGCUCAAGAGAGGGGGAAUAAGAAAUGAGGGGGCAGAAAGAGAAAGCAAGUGUAAAAAUAAAGACUCACGUGUUGAAGGACAACAGGAGGAGGCAAAAGAAGAAAGUGAGGAGGCAGAGAUUGCCGAGUCUAGUUUGCAGCAGAGCUUCAUGGACGAGCCUCCCAUAGCUUUCAAUGACUCUUGGGGCCUUGACGCCUGCGUGGAAGCCAACCCAGGCUGCUUCAGUCUGAGGCUGGAGGACAGCGGGGGAUACAGCCGACAGGAGCGUAGCCCGGGACGAAAAGAAACAACCUCUGUUGAAUGUCAUCGUCCGCCAUCGACUCGCUGUAUCCAGUCAUUGAGCAGCUGCAGCGAUUUGGAGAACUCCUCUCCAUCUAAAGCCCAAAGUGCACAACCAACCACCAGUGCACUGGCUCAUAGAAACGCUUCCUUCACCCCGUCACCACCAGAGCAGAGCAACAGCUUCCUGAACCCACAAAUAUGGGACAGCUGGCAAGAGGAACAAGAGGAGGCCCUUCCUCUCUCUCAGAGGGUGAACCCUUCUGCUCAGCUCAGAACACCAGCAUCAUCACACAAUAGAAAACGCUGCUCCGUGGUGCCCGUCACUCCCAUGCCCCACUACUCUGACAUGGACACACCGGACCUCAAGAACAAACUCAACAGGUUCGGCGUUCGGCCUUUACCAAAGCGCCAGAUGAUCCUCAAACUGAAGGAGAUCCACCAGUACACCCACCAGCUGGUCAGUUCAGACUCCGAGGAUGAGGCAGCCUCUGCGGGGCGUGCUGCUCAGAGGAAGCCCCCCCCUAACACCAGUUCAGCGGGUGCUGGCAGCCAGACAGUGAAGUUCAAAGAGCCCAGAGCACCGGCUCCCAUCUCCCCUCUGAAACAGAGAAGAGAGGAGGAGGAGGAAGAGCUGCUCUCUGCCUCACAGAGCUCCAACACCUCUUCAACAGCCGCCAGUGAAGAGUCUGAAAGGUCCAAUCCAGAGCUUUGCCUCACUUCCGACUCAGACAGUGACGGUGGCAUCUCUGCCUCCCAGGCGGCGACUCGACUUCAGGAUCGCCUCCAGGCCGUGCGUUUCUUCAUCCUGUCGGACUCCGGGCUGUACAGUCAGAUCCUCCAGUACCAGCCUCUGGUUCUCUCCCAGCUCCAGCUGCGACUCAAGGAGGCCGGGAUCCGCCUGGGUGCCGCCAAGCUGAUGGACUACCUGGACUCUCAGUGCAUCACCUUCACCACGGCCAAGCCAGGCCACUCUGCACCCAGCCGCAGACGGGGAAAGAGGACGAAGGCGGCGGGUGUAAGAGGAACAGGCAGGAAAAAAACUGCUCCAAUUUCACUUUAAAACACUGUGACUGAGAGAAGUGGCCGGUUUUACUUCAGUGUUAGGAACAUCUGUCUGACCAUGAAUUUCCAGAAAAGAAAGGCGCAGUAGAACUUUAAAUUAUGAACAGUUUUAAAAGAUUGUGUGUUUGCUCCUGAUCGACUUUGUACUUGAAUCCUCAAAAGUUCAUCCACAGUUUUACCAGUUUUUUCAAAUAGGUUGUUUCCUCAGGACAGGUUUGGUUUAAGGUUUGACUUACUGGAAAAUAAAAUAAAUAAAACAAGGUAAAUGUUAAAAUGCUCUGUGGUAACCAAAAUAUAUUUUUAUUCAAAAAUGAUUCCUCAGUCAAUCUUGAUGUAAUCUGGAGUGGCUAAUAAAUACAUUCUUAUUUUCACCUCUAUUAAUACCAAGUUUGGAUUUGUGUAAAUCAGCAAAAUAAAUCAAUUUGAAGAAAUUAUUCCACACAGAAUGUUUCUUACAAGCCAUUUUACUUUUUUUGUUCUUCAGUAGAUUCAUAUCCAAAGCUCAGCAAAGACACAUACAGCAGAGCACUCUUGAUAAAGAUGGAAAAAAAAUCUCACAACUUCUAACCAACACGUCACUCAAGUAAAGAGAGACGGGUCGUUUGUCGCAGCACAAAAUGGAGUCCGCCCUGUGUUCACAGUCAGGUCAGCGUCGCUACAUUCACGGCGGUUUUGUCUUGUGCACC